ACACACUUUAGAUAAGGACAAUUAGUCACCAGCGAGACCCUGUAGGAAGAGAGGUUUAAAUCAGAGGGAUUUAAUGAGGGUGCUCUGUGCCUUUCCUGAAGCCAUGCCCUCCAGCAACUCCCGCCCCCCCGCGUGCCUAGCCCCGGUGGCUCUCAUCUUGGCUCUGUUGCUCCAUCUCUCCCUUUCCUCCCAAGCUGGAGACAGGAGACCCUUGCCUGUAGACAGAGCUCCAGGUUUGAAGGAAAAGACCCUGAUUCUACUUGAUGUGAGCACCAAGAACCCAGUCAGGACAGUCAAUGAGAACUUCCUCUCUCUGCAGCUGGAUCCGUCCAUCAUUCAUGAUGGCUGGCUGGAUUUCUUAAGCUCCAAGCGUCUGGUGACCCUGGCCCGGGGACUUUCACCUGCCUUUCUGCGCUUCGGGGGCAAAAGGACCGACUUCCUGCAGUUCCAGAAUCUGAGGAACCCGGCAAAAAGCCGUGGGGGCCCCGGCCCGGAUUACUAUCUCAAAAACUAUGAGGAUGACAUUGUUCGAAGUGAUGUUGCCUUGGAUAAACAGAAAGGCUGCAAGAUUGCCCAGCACCCUGAUGUUAUGCUGGAGCUCCAACGGGAGAAGGCAGCUCAGAUGCAUCUGGUUCUUCUAAAGGAGCAAUUCUCCAAUACUUACAGUAAUCUCGUAUUAACAGCCAGGUCUCUAGACAAACUUUAUAACUUUGCUGAUUGCUCUGGACUCCACCUGAUAUUUGCUCUAAAUGCACUGCGUCGUAAUCCCAAUAACUCCUGGAACAGUUCUAGUGCCCUGAGUCUGUUGAAGUACAGCGCCAGUAAAAAGUACAACAUUUCUUGGGAACUGGGUAAUGAGCCAAAUAACUAUCGGACCAUGCGUGGCCGGGCAGUAAAUGGCAGCCAGUUGGGAAAGGAUUACAUCCAGCUGAAGAGCCUGUUACAACCCAUCCGGAUUUACUCCAGAGCCAGCUUGUAUGGCCCUAAUAUUGGGCGGCCCAGGAAGAACGUCAUCACCCUCCUAGAUGGAUUCAUGAAGGUGGCAGGAAACACAGUGGAUGCAGUUACCUGGCAACAUUGCUACAUUGAUGGCCGGGUGGUCAAGGUGAUGGACUUCCUGAAAACUCGCCUAUUAGACACACUCUCUGACCAGAUUAGGAAAAUUCAGAAAGUGGUUAACACAUACACCCCAGGAAAGAAGAUUUGGCUUGAAGGUGUGGUGACCACCUCAGUUGGAGGCACAAACAAUCUGUCAGAUUCCUAUGCUGCAGGAUUCUUAUGGUUGAACACUUUAGGAAUGCUGGCCAAUCGGGGCAUUGAUGUUGUGAUUCGGCACUCAUUUUUUGACCAUGGAUACAAUCACCUCGUGGACCAGAAUUUUAACCCAUUACCAGACUACUGGCUCUCUCUCCUUUACAAGCGCCUGAUUGGCCCCAAGGUCUUGGCUGUGCAUGUGGCUGGGCUCCAGCGGAAGCCACGGCCAGGCCGAGUGAUCCGGGACAAACUAAGGAUUUAUGCUCACUGCACAAACCAUCACAACCACAACUAUGUUCGAGGGUCCAUUACACUUUUUAUCAUCAACUUGCACCGAUCAAGAAAGAAAAUUAAACUGGCCGGGACUCUCAGGGACAAGCUUGUGCACCAGUACCUACUGCAGCCCUAUGGACAGGAGGGCCUGAAGUCCAAGUCAGUGCAGCUGAAUGGCCAGCCCUUAGUGAUGGUGGACGAUGGGACCCUCCCAGAACUGAAGCCCCGCCCCCUGCGGGCCGGCCGGACAUUGGUCAUCCCUCCAGUCACCAUGGGCUUUUAUGUGGUCAAGAAUGUCAACGCUUUGGCCUGCCGCUACCGAUAAACCCCCUCACACUCACAAGUCGCCAGCAGGCCUGCUGGACUGCUUUCCACUCUUCUGCCCUAAUGGUAUCAGUAUUUUUCAGGCAUCUUCUGAGCAACAAACCAGUCUCUGCCGCCCCAUCCUGCUGGAAUCAACACUAACUUGCUCUCCAAAGAGACAAAUACCCUAGCAUGAGCUUAGCCUAGGUAGGUCACUUCUACCCCAAAGGAAAAUGUAGACCUCUAAGCACGAAGGUAUGUGUGUAGAGCUGUAUGCACCCUUGUACAUGCACCGUGAGAACAAGCUGACAGUGCACUUCCAGGACAAAUGAAAUAACUCCCCACAAUCCUGGUCACAUAGCAAAAUAACUACAGACCUUAGCCUGUGGCUGCUGCCCUCGGCAGAAGAUGAGGAAGGAAAAAAACCCGGUGGACAUUUGAGAGCCCAGUCCCCCCUAACUCCUUUCCUUUGUUUGUUCCCUGCUGUUGCCCUGGGUUUCGUAUCACCUCUCCUCCCAUAGGGGAGCAAGUGGGUGAGUCAGUGCUGGCCUGCUGGGCGAGCUGUUAAUGUAAUUUCCUGGCUCAUGUAUGAGUGUGUGCAUCUGGGUUUCUGACAGUGGCAUCAAUCACUAGCUAUUCCUCUGGGAAGCGGGUGCUUCAAAAGUAAAAUUGCAAUCAUA